GCCAUUUUGGCGUGAAGGAGGAUUGUGACGACCUUUUGUACGCCCACACUGCUCAGCUCCUCCCUCGCCAUCCACGCACGCUUCUUUCCCGCCCCUCCUCCUCCUCCUCCUCUCCUCCCCGACGCUCGCUUCCACCCUAUACCCCAGCAUUGGAGGGAAAGAAAAAACGCCAUGGCCGAGAUCAGCAGCCAAGCAGCGGGGCACAAUGGCACGAUAUUGAAAGAGAAAGGAAUCGCUGAGCAGGACCUCACGAGAGCGCCCAAUGGUGUGGCCUCACCUGCUGAGUCCUCACGCCCCCAGUCGUUCGUCUCCGCUAGUGCGUCUUUCCAGUCGACAUCAGAAACGCCAGCUUCGAGCGCCAUAGACACAUCUGCUGAGGCUGAGGCUGGGCGAGAAGUAGAGGAUUGGCUACCGCCCACCACUGCUCCUCAAAAGACACCCAUUCCUCGGCCAGCAGCUUCAUCUAAGCCCAGCACUCCCGCACAGCUCACGCCGGAGCAACAGACCAAGUAUUCUACGGUCCUUGCACAGGUGUCGCAAUGGCAGGCAGUUCCCACAUCCACCGCCAAGGGCGCCCCAGACGCACCAUUGAAAGACCAUGAGCGCAUGUUCUUGACCCGCGAGUGUAUUCUGCGAUACCUCCGCGCCACCAAGUGGAACACGAAAGACGCACUCAGUAGAUUGCAAGGCACAUUGAGCUGGCGGAGAGAAUAUGGCGCCGAUGCCUUCACUCAUGACUACAUCAGUCCGGAGAACGAGACUGGAAAGCAGAUUCAGCUUGGCUUCGACAACGACCAGCGGCCGUGUCUCUACUUGAACCCUGGCAGACAGAACACCAAGAUGUCUGAUCGCCAGAUUCACCACUUGAGCUACAUGGUCGACCGCACUAUAGACAUGAUGCCGCCAGGUGUUGAGACUAACUGCCUCAUCAUCAACUUCAAGGAUUCGAAGGCCGGCAACAUCCCUUCUGUCGCUCAAGCAAGAGCCGUGCUCAACAUUCUGCAGACUCACAAUCCGGAACGACUUGGCAAGGCAUUGAUUCGCGAGACGCCGUGGUAUGUCAAUGCCUUCUUCAAGCUGAUUAGUCCCUUCAUCGACCCUGUCACAAGAGAGAAGAUGAAGUUCAACGAGGACAUGACCGCUUACGUCCCGAAGACCCAGCUCUGGGAUGAGCACGGAGGAGAUGUCAAGUUCGAAUACGACCAUGCAGUUUACUGGCCUGCGUUCGAUGAAGCGUGCACAACGAGGCGAGAAGCAUACAAGAGGAGAUGGGAAGAAGGUGGCAAGCGGAUAGGAGAGUACGAGGACUACCUUCGUGGCGGCAGUGCGCUGAGCUUGCAGCAACAACGACGGCAACAGCAGAAUGCGGCCAAGGAGAAUGCGACUCCCGCCGGAUCUGUGGUAGCAACACCAGCGGCAGAAAAAGGCGCGGAUGAAGCUGCUGCUGGCAUGGGCAAUCUCAAGGUUUGA